GAAGGAAAGUGUCAAGUUGGCUGAGUUGUCAAAAUGUUGGCAUGAGUUCCAUCUGUUUUAUUUUGCUGAAAUCUAUUUUCAUAACAUAAAUUCCGUAUAAAUUGGUAAUUAAGAGGUGGCACUAUAACAGAAAGUGAUGUGAUGACAUAAUGUGUAAUUGUUAUUGAGCAUUGCAAAGGAACGUAUCUCUUAAACUAUGGAUACUAUGCUCGAUUCGCCGGUGAAGACGAGCCCUUCGGGGGAGGCCGAGGGAUAUGUGGAAAGUGAGACAGAUUACUCCAGCAUCAGGGGCAAGAUGAUCCUGGUCAGCCCCACUGCCGAUGAAUAUGAACUAUUAAGGAAACAGCUUCUGGAAAGGUUAGAAGCUGGAAAUGGAGAAAUUAUAUAUGAUAUUGGACUAGGGGAAGAUGGGCGAGGGCUGACAGAAGACGAAUACAGCGCUUCAGUGGCGACGCUGCAGUCGCUGGUGAGCGGCGAGCGCGUGUCGUGCGUGGAGCUGCGCCGCUGGGAGUGCGGCAGCGGGCUCACCGGCCAGUACCUGCUGCGCGCCGAGCUGGAGCACACGGACUUCAUGGAGAUCAGAGUGGCGGUGGUGGGCAACGUAGACGCGGGCAAGUCGACUCUGCUGGGUGUGUUGACGCACGGCGAGCUUGACAACGGGCGCGGGUACGCUCGCCAGCGCCUCUUCCGCCACAAGCACGAGCUCGAGAGCGGCCGCACCAGCUCCGUCGGCAACGACAUCCUCGGCUUCGACAGCAUGGGUAACGUGGUGAACAAGCCGGACCACGGUACGCUGGACUGGGUGAAGAUCUGCGAGAAGUCGUCGAAGGUGAUCACGUUCAUCGACCUGGCGGGCCACGAGCGCUACCUCAAGACUACCGUUUUCGGCAUGACGGGACACGCGCCUGACUUCGGGAUGCUUAUGAUCGGCGCGAACGCGGGCAUAGUGGGCAUGACGAAGGAGCACCUGGGCCUCGCGCUGGCGCUGUCGGUGCCGGUGUUCGUGGUGGUGACGAAGGUCGACAUGUGCCCGCCCAACGUGCUGCAGGACAACCUCAAGCUGCUGGUGCGCGUGCUCAAGUCCUCCGGCUGCCGCAAGGUGCCCGUCAUGGUCAAGAACAAGGACGACGUCAUCGUCAGCGCCACCAACUUCGUGUCGCAGAGGCUAUGCCCCAUCUUCCAAGUGUCUAACGUGACGGGCGAGAACCUGGAACUUUUGACGAUGUUCCUGAACCUGCUGAAGACGCGGAUGCCGGCGCACGACGACAAGCCCGCCGAGUUCCAGAUCGACGACACCUACUCCGUGCCGGGUGUGGGUACAGUGGUAUCAGGCACGACACUAGCGGGCGUGAUCCGGCUGAACGACACGCUGCUGCUGGGCCCCGACCCGCUGGGCCGCUUCCAGCCGAUCACCGUCAAGAGCAUCCACCGCAAACGCAUGGCCGUGCCCGAGGUGCGCGGCGGACAGACGGCUAGCUUCGCGCUCAAGAAGAUAAAGCGGUCGCAGAUCCGUAAAGGCAUGGUGAUGGUGUCGCCGGCGCUGAACCCGCAGGCGUGCUGGCAGUUCGAGGGCGAGAUCCUCGUGCUGCACCACCCCACCACCAUCUCCUCGCGCUACCAGGCCAUGGUCCACUGCGGCAGCAUCCGGCAGACGGCGUCGAUCCUGUCGAUGUCGCGCGACUGCCUGCGCACGGGCGACAAGGCGCUGGUCCGCUUCCGCUUCAUCAAGCACCCCGAGUACCUCAGGCGAGGGCAGCGCAUGGUGUUCCGCGAGGGCCGCACGAAGGCGGUGGGCAACGUGCUGCGGCCUGAGCCGCACGCCAGCAAGCCGCCGCCGCGCCGCGCCAACCACGCGCCCGCGCCGGCGCUCGACACGCAAGAGAGCGACGUGACGGCGGCGGACUCGCCGUUCGAGGUGGCCAACGACAAGCGCUCGCGGCGCCCGCGCAAGCGCCACGACAAGCCGCCCGACCAGCCUGCAGCGCCACGCGUCUGAAGCCCGCUCGCCGAACACGACGCCUCACCAGUGCAGGGGACUUCUCACUUUACACCACCAUAUCAACCCUAAACAUUACAGCAAAUUAUAUGAUUCAAUAAAGUUUGACUUGCCGCCUGCAUUCCGCCUAAGGACUUUCCAACAAACUUUUCGUGUUUACUUUCUAUGGGUGAGCCAUAAAAGCGUCUUUUGCCUAUAGUGUUGUGUCGUGAGGCGUCGUCGCUAACAGUGUCACUGACUCGUAUCAAGUUUCUCGAUGUCUCCUUCGGAAGUACAUGCAACUAGAUAUAGGUACAAAUCUUACCUAGAUCAACUAGAAGGUCCAUAGCGUGGCUAGAUUCUCGAAAUCGAGGUUCCGACUGGAAAUAUCUGGGGUAUAGCACACUCUGGUACAGGUUUUUACAGUCAUUAUGUAAUCCAUUACAUGCAUAAAUUGAAGAGAACUCCAUAUUUUAAUAGGAAUAUUAAUGUCUAAAAUUUUAUACUUUCAUGCACUUUACUAAAAAUGUCUCCAUCUGUAAUAAAUAAGCCUAUCUUUAAGAAGUAAUAGUUCCAGUAUUUCCAGUAUUUCCUUUAUAUAAUGUACCUUUUAAUUCAAUUAUGAAUAACACAAUAUAGAAGAUUCAUACAUACUAUUCAAGAUUUGCUCAUUCUAAAUAAAAAUGGUUUACUUUUGAUUUUUGUAUGCUUAUGUAGUAAAAUGGUUGCAAAGUUCUAGUUGUGGUGAUAAAGGCAAUAAAUAUUUUUAUACAUGAACCAAAAAUAGAAGAAAAUUAAGACAAAAAAUAAUAUUGAUGUGCAAAAAUAACAAAAACAGAACUUUUUAUUCAUAGUUGGUUGGCUUGUGAUGGAUAUUUUGUUUAGAAAUACAACCUUAUUUUUGGAAAGUAAUGGUUUUAUUUAUGUUAUUAUUCAUAUUUUUUGUUUUUCAAAAUUAUUAUAAUUAAUAUUAAUACAUGGAUAUUUUUUGUUUUUCAAAAUUUGAUUUUGAUUGAAGAUGACCUAACUGAAAAUAGUCUCAUUUUAUAAAAAGCUAAUGUAUGACUACUACAAGCACAUUGUUAGUGAGGCUAGCUGCUAUUCAUAUCAUACAGUAUUUGAUUAUUUACAAUACAAUUAGAAUGUGAUUUUUUCUAGUUUAAGUAAGAGGAUAUUUUUAUUGAUUUGUUCAAGA